AUGACCGCAGUUGGUGCUGUUGGUCCAGGAUCUACAAUGACUGCAGUUGGUGCCCCUGCCGGAGGUCCAGGUUCUACAAUGACUGCAGUUGGUGGUGUUGGCCCAGGAUCAACGAUGACUGCCGUCGGUGCUCCUGCUGGUGGAGCAGCUUCAACCAUGACUGCUGUAGGCGCUCCAGGUAAUGAUACAUGUUAUCGCGUCGAUUGUACUACCACUGUAACCAGUACACAGAGAUAG